AUGAGGAUGUCUGCUGUAGCUCCGAGGGAGCUCUCCAUGGUGGCCCAAGGCCUCACUACGGUUAGUCAAGUCCAACGCAUCUUCGACGCUGCGGAGGACGCUUCCCCGGUGCUCGACAGUACCAAGGAGUCCCAACUGGUGAAUGCCACGUUCUACCCGGAAGAAGUGUUCCUGACGGACUGGAGUAGCCACAUUAGCUCGAGCGACAUUCUCCACCAAAGCGCACUGCAUCGCGGCUGUGUGAAGCACAAGAAGAGCGUCAUCCCAUGGACGUUCGGACGCAUCGGACAGAACGAACGUGCGGAGCUCGGCGAAUUGGUGAAUCGCAGCGACCCGAAUCUGCUGGAGAAGCUGCGGAAAUGCCCCGACGUGGAUAUUCUACUACCCGAUCACCUGCGGUCCUACGGCUACUGUGAAGACGCGGCUGCCUACACAAAAUUUCUGGAGGCGAGGAUGUUGCCGCAAUGGGUGCUGGAAGUCGAGUUCAACGAUGUGGAACACGAUCGCUCAGUCACGUACCACGACUUGUGCCCAAACACGCCCAUGAUCUUCUUCAACCACUACUGGGAGGGGGUGCCGGACGCGCCGGACUGGCCGGCGACCAAGCCGUUCUACCUCAUGCCCAACAUCGAAAUGUACGAGCUCGAGAGCGCGCACUACUGGCGAGCGGAUGUGAUUCUGUGCAAGACGGCGCUGUGUGCUCGGAACUUGAGGAAGUGGUUCAAGCAGGAAGGAAAUCCCCGAGGCACGCGCGUGGUGUACACGCGCCACACGACGACAAACUUGGCGUUGACGCUGAAAAGCGGUUUAAUCGCGAGUGAAGCAGCUGAAGUAUCCGCGAAGAAUUUCUCGGACGUGUCGUUCCUGCACACAGCAGGCAAGAGCAUCCAGAAGGGGACGAGGCAAGUGCUGGACUGUUGGCUUUCCCAGCCAGACUUCCCGCCGUUGGACUUCUACAUGGACCAAGAGCUCUACGACGGCGCGUUCAACGACUACGAAGAGCGGAUCAGGGACAGCGGCAACGUUCGACUGCACACUGGCGGGUUGUCUGCCGAAGAUUUCGGACGCGUGAUCACCCAGGGCCGGUACUUCUUGUGUCCGAGUAUGAUGGAGGGCUACGGGCACUACAUCAACCAGGCGCGGUCGUCUAACGCGUUCAUCAUCACGACGGACGCCGCACCGAUGAAUGAGCUCAUCACUCCGUCGUCUGGAGCGCUCGUGCGAGCGAGAACUGGCGCGUACGGCGAGCAGUUCAUGGGCGGCGUUUCUAAGAAGGAGCACGCACUGCGCAACGUCUCCGGACUCGUGGCCAACUUCGAACGAGACGAUGUCUGCAACACCGUGGUCAGAGUUUUGAAGAGCUCAACAGCUGAGGACCGCGAGCAACGCGCCAACAGAGCAUUGCAGCAAUACUACUUCGACACGGCUUUCUUCGCACACAAGAUGAAAGAGUUAAGGACCUUUUCGCGGGCCAUGAGCCACCCAAGUCUGCGAGGCAAAAUUCUGGACGGGGCUCGACGACUCUGA